CGAGUUUGUAAUCUGGCCGCACCAAGAGAAGCAGGAGGAGGAAGGAGAGGGAGAGGUUGUGGUGUUAGAGUCUGCUGGUGGUAUUACUGCCCCACAUCUCUCCCUCACUCUGAACAUCCCCUUCAGCACCCUACAGGCUAUUGCUAUCACUUCUAACAAGGUACAGGUGGUGGUGAAUACUGUUCCUUCAAUACAAGUAAUAUGUAGGAAGGAAGCAUCAGGUGGCAUGCUGUGUGAGAGUGGUACUCUUUCACCAGCUCAUCAUGACUACCUGGCACAUCUGAAGGCUGCACUGUCUGUCUGUCCACUUCAUAAUUUGGUGUUGCUGGAUCGAGGAAGAGGUGUUAGCCUACAUGAUGGGCUGUGUGGGUUUUCUACAUGGUUCAGUCAUAAGCUGUCACAACACUUGUGUGUUGAGGAAGGUCACAUCCCAUCUUGGCUUCUUGCACCUCAUUUGGAUACUAGCGUUGAACUUCCUGAGCUCUCAAGCGCUGCACUUACAGGUGAAGGUGACACACUGCAAGCAAGGACAAACUCUCAUCAACAGUGUACAAGUCAAGAAUGUUCCCGUCAGCCCUGCAGAGACCUGUCUCAUGACACUAAAUCAUGUGAUAAUCAGCAGUGUUGUAACCAGUCGUUUGAAUCUAAAGCAAUUACAAGUAAUAUGGAGACCUCUAAGGUGUACAAUAAAACCAUUUUGGCAGCAGCUCCUGCAAGUGUAGACAGUAAGGUGAAAGUUGUAGAGAGAGAACAUGGUGCACCUGAGAGUCUCGGCAGCAGUAAUUGUGAUGGAAAGUUUUCAACCAAAAACUCAUUUCUAGGUGACCAGCGUGACACCAUUGUGUCUUCAAAUCGUCGAAACCAUUUCUUAGACUCUGAGAGUCAUGAUUUGCAUCGGGUUUUUAUUGAAGAGAAGACCAAGCAAGGCCAUGCAUUAAGGGGAAACUUGUUGCAAGGUGUUGAUCAUGGUAAUGAGAACCCCACCAGUGAUCCAUCUUCUCUUACAAUGCUUCUUAAUUCUGCCGUGGAGCCGCAGAAAAUGUUGCAUCCUGUCCCCUUCACUCCUGCCCUUCAGUUUCCAAUGGCACCUUACCUGCAGAAGGGAUGCAACUGUAAAGAAACAUGUCGCAUAAUGGACUGUCCUUGUGCACGAGCUGGGGCACUGUGUAAUACUCAACAGACCUGUUUAUGUAAGGAAUGUGACAACCCUCUCAACAUUCUGCACACACUUGGCCUGGACGUACACACUGCACGAGUUGAUGAAUGUCUGAUGCAGAACUUGUACAGCUAUGGUGUGACUCGCUUGUAUUCUCUACUGGUGUCACAAGUUAUUCUUCCUUGCUGUGGAGCCACACCAGAGCUGUUACACAUUAUGCCUGGCACUGUGAUGUGUAACUGGUGUGGCAUGGCAGUGUGCUACUCGUGGUGUACUCACCAUAUUCACAUGCAGUCUCUUUCUCCUCGAAACCACUGCCUUGUUUGCUGCUCCUGUCGACCAACUCUUCAUACUCACUGCCAGAAGUGUCAACUAUGCACACCAUCAAGCCAAGGAAUGUGUACUGAAUGUGGAACACUCAAGAUGUUUUGAUUCACAACUACUGGUAGGAAUUGUGUUGUGAUUAUCUGCUGAAAAUUAUUAUGUGAAUGAAGAAAUAGUUUUAGUUCACAUCAUUUCAUUUUUGUAUUACAAUACUUCGAUUUUCUCGUUUCCCUUCUGUUUUGAUGUUAUUGUAAAAGUAUUGUUUAGUAUAUUAUUAAUUUGAACAUUAUUUUGGAGUGUAUAGAGUCCAUCAGAGUAUUGAUGUGGAAAUGAGUGAUUUGUUUGUGAUUUAAAUAUGACAUUGUUAAGAGUGGCCAGGUCAACUUCACCUCAUUUAUAUGUUAUUAUUGGAGUGGUAUUGGUGUUAUAACCUUGAAGUUUGAUAGGAAUUAUCGUUAUUUUUUUUUUAUUAUUAUUAUUAUUUAUUGGGCACUCCCCUACAGCCUUGGGCAAGGUGA